AAGAAUUUCAGAAAUGUUUACCUCGGAAUUCAAAUUCAAGAUGGAAGACGUUUUAGAAAACUAACUUUAAUAUAACAUCUACUGAAAUAUGGCUAAUGAUAUACCCAUUUAUCUAAGUGAGCUUAAUGAGGAUGCUUCUUUGAUUAAACCUGCAAUAUUUUACACCCCUCUCUUUUCACCAACCACCACUGAAAAUCCAAAUAACUCAGUAAGCAAUGAUGAUGGCAGAAUUACAUCUUGUAGUAAACUGUAUUCUUCUGUCAUACAAAGGCCAAUGACAGAAUCCAAAUAUGAGGCAUAUGACAAUCGCCCAAUUCGAUCUCUUGGCAAAAACUUCUACAAGACUUUUGCAGACCCUUCUUUCAGCUGUUCCCCACCUCCAUUAUCAAGAAGUGAACCAACUGUCUACAGGAAGAAGAAGGCCAACCAGCAAUUGAUGAAUCAAGCUGUAAACUAUGAUGAGAGCUGUCCUGAAAAAGGGUUGCCACAGUUACAUGAGAAGGUAAAAUCCAAUAGGCUAGGCAUAGAGAGAAAUUCAGAUAUAUUCAGAAUCACUCCAGGAAAAUUUACCAUUGUAUCUGCAGAAAGUAAUUUAUAUUUAGCAAGCCUGCACUGUGCAGCUACAUGUAUCCAGGCAGCCUGGCGAGGUUAUUAUUGUCGGAACUUUGUAUGUCACGUCAAAAACAUUCAGCUUGAGCUCAGAAACCAGAGAGCUGAGAAACACAUCAAUAAACUGAGUUCAGAUUUACAACGACUACUUUCCACACAGUCUUCAGCAAACAAACUUAGCCACAAUGUCAUGCCUCCUUCUGUAGUGCUUUUACACCAGUUUGCUACACUCACUCACAUGUGA